AUGAACGAAGCUGUAGAGGUUGCCAAUAAGAAUAUCAAAAAGAUUUUGAGGAAAAUGAUUGACAAGCAUACAGAGGCAGUCAUACCUGUUGAAGUUGAGAUACCAUCAUUGAGAAUCAUCCAGGAAGUUGAGUUGAGUAAUGCCGCAUGGGUGAGCAAGCGGAUUCAUCAAUUAACUUUUAUUGAUGAGAAGAGAAAGCUUGUUGUUUGUCAUGGUCAGUUGUAUAGGCGGAGAAUGGUUCGUGCCUUUCACAAGAGAGUAAGAGCGAGAGUUUUCGAAGUUGGCCAAUUUGUUUUUAAGCGUAUUUUUCCACAUCAAGACGAGUACGAAGGAAAGUUCACACCAAAGUGGCAAGGUCCUUCCAUGGUUCGUAAAGUAUUAUCUGUAGGUGCUUUGGUCUUGUCGGAGAUUGAUGGCACCGUAUGGCCUAAACCUAUCAAAUCGGAUGCUGUCAAGAGAUACUAA